GGCGCGGGGCGGGGGCGCAGUCCCGGGUCCGACCGGCCGAGCCCCGCGCGCCCCGCCCGCGCCUUGCGCCUCCGCCCGGCCGGCCGGCGGGGGGAGGGGGCAUGAGCCGGUGCCCGCGCACCGCCCCGAGCUGCGGGCCGGCCUAGAGCCCCGCGCGGGCCCCGCGCCCGAGCCGCCACCGCCACCGAGCCGCGGGCGCCGCGAUGCAGCGGCCUGGGGACCCCGGCGCCGCGCGCUUCGGGCCGCCCGAGGGCUGCGCCGACCACCCGCCGCAUCGCUACCGCAGCUUCAUGAUCGAAGAGAUCCUCACCGAGCCGCCGGGGCCCAAGGGCGCCGCGCCCGCCGCCGCCGCUGCUGCCGCGGCGGGCGAGCUGCUCAAGUUCGGCGUGCAGGCGCUGCUGGCCGCGCGGCCCUUCCACAGCCACCUGGCUGUGUUGAAAGCUGAGCAGGCUGCGGUGUUUAAGUUCCCUCUUGCACCGCUGGGCUGCUCCGGGCUAGGCUCGGCGUUACUGGCAGCAGGGCCUGGACUGCCCGGCGCCCCUGGCACACCGCACCUGCCUCUUGAGCUGCAGCUCCGCGGGAAGUUGGAGACACCGGGCACCGGGGAUCCGGGCACCAAGGCCAAGAAGGGGCGUCGGAGCCGCACGGUGUUCACUGAGCUGCAGCUGAUGGGCCUAGAGAAACGCUUUGAGAAGCAGAAGUACCUCUCCACGCCGGACAGAAUAGAUCUCGCUGAAUCCCUGGGCCUGAGCCAGUUGCAGGUGAAGACGUGGUACCAGAAUCGGAGGAUGAAGUGGAAGAAAAUAGUGCUGCAGGGCGGCGGCCUGGAGUCUCCCACCAAGCCCAAGGGGCGGCCCAAGAAGAACUCCAUUCCCACGAGCGAACAGCUCACGGAGCAGGAGCGCGCCAAGGAGGCAGAGAAGCCGGCGGAGGCGCCAGGCGAGACCAUCGACAGGAGCCGCGAGGACUGAGCGC